AUGUUCAAACUCUUACUAUUCCUGACUCUUUUAACUAUCGUAGCGUGCUGCCACCACGGGCGUUCCCAUAAAUGUCGUCACGAGAAGCCCAGCAAGUGCCGUCAUGGUGGUAAGUUCGGCUGCAAAGGGGGAAGGCAGCCAGAACGCCCCGACUACGACAAGUACGGAGAGAAUCAAAACAAAGAACUCAUCGAUGACCUGAGCAGGGACCUGAAGCAGAUCGACGAUCACCUGCGAAAGCUGUGCAAUGAAAAUGAAAACUCCGAAACCCGUGAAAUGUUCGGGAUCCAGAGCUACAAUAUCUUCGUACCGCUGACCGGAGUGAGCGCUGACAACAUCGUCGUCAAAAGCAGAUACAGAUACGUGUAUAUAAUCGCACGGAGAAAUCCGCCGGCGAAGCCUUACACCGAAAUCCGGAGGCUGUCGAAAUUAGUUGAUGUUUCUAGAGGAUACUGGAUGUACGACGGCCAGGAACUAAUAAUCCGUUUCAAAUACGUCAAUGCCGAUACCGAAGAAUCCUUUGACUGCGGAACUGAUUACAAUAAUUCGUUAGUCACGAUACCUAAGUCUGACGUAGACUACGUGUUAGACCUCGACGUGAGGUAUGCGCUACAGAACAGCAAUGUACAGAAGAUAAUAAGAGACCACUUCGAGAACUCGACCUCGCCGCGACCUAUGCCGGAGUCUAAUCAAUUGGACGCAGCAGAUCACAACGAACCAGAAGUCUUCUAGAAAAAUACGUUUCUGACAUGUUUCGUGUGCCACAU